AUGACGAAAGCUCUCUCUGGCUUCUGUUGCUCUCUCAGUCUCUCUACCUUGGUUAGAUCUUCGUCUUCUCACAUGGAUAGUGACAUUGUUUCCAGUAGCAUAGAUCGAUCUCAGACAGCAAUGCCUGAUGCUUUAGCAUUCAAGAGUAUCAAUGAUCCUAUCAAGAACCAGAUCAAUAGUUGUGCUGCAAUCUGUGUUAAGCAAGAUGAUCCAUGCCAUUUCUUGCGUGUCCUUUAUGAGUCUCUGAUAACAGGAGGGUUAGCUGGUGUUGUGGUGGAAGCUGCUUUGUAUCCAAUUGAUACAAUCAAAACUCGAAUACAGGUAGCUCGGGAUGGUGGAAAGAUAAUAUGGAAGGGAUUAUACUCUGGUCUUGGUGGAAAUCUUGUCGGUGUCUUACCUGCUUCGGCUCUAUUUUUUGGUGUAUAUGAACCAACCAAACAGAAGCUGCUAAAGGUUUUACCAGAUAAUCUUAGUGCGGUUGCACAUUUGGCUGCAGGUGCGUUAGGAGGUGCUGUUUCAUCUAUUGUUCGGGUACCAACAGAAGUUGUGAAACAGCGGAUGCAGACUGGUCAAUUUGUUUCGGCCCCUGACGCUGUUCGCCUUAUUAUAGCCAAGGAGGGCUUUGGAGGCAUGUAUGCGGGUUAUGGAUCCUUCUUAUUGCGAGAUUUGCCUUUUGACGCGCUCCAGUUUUGUGUUUAUGAGCAAUUACGAAUUGGAUACAAGUUGGCUGCAAGAAGAGAUCUAAAUGAUCCAGAGAAUGCGAUGAUUGGUGCUUUUGCUGGUGCUGUCACUGGAGUUUUGACCACUCCUCUUGAUGUUAUCAAAACCAGAUUAAUGGUUCAGGGCUCAGGAACUCAGUAUAAAGGAGUUUCGGAUUGCAUUAAGACGAUAAUAAGAGAAGAAGGUUCAUCAGCUUUGUGGAAGGGAAUGGGUCCAAGGGUAUUGUGGAUAGGUAUUGGAGGUUCAAUUUUCUUUGGUGUUUUGGAAAAGACAAAGCAGAUUCUUUCAGAGAGAAGCCAAAAGAGUCACAAUGCUUAAACAGUUAGAUUCUAUCUUAAACAGUUAGAUUCUAUCUGUGUUGUCUACAUCAUUCUUGUCUCUUGAUGUUUUGUUGAAGAUGAAGUAUUUAGAUUCUUUACGUAUCUUUUGCUUGAUUCUCUUUCUUUUUCUCCUAGAAAAAAUGUCAUUCUCUUUUGUUAAUCAACUUCUACAUUUAAAUUGUUUUUUAAGUUGAAUCUAUCACUGGAUAGUUACUGAAACUUAAACUUUAUGUGGACGUUAUAAGGUUGCGUAAUAAACUAUGUCAUCGUCACUAUCAAAGUCUUAA